CUCUCAUUCUAUAGAGAGUUGCCCGCCACCGUCACAAGGAAGGGAAGGUUUUGGUAGUGGAGGAAGAGGAGGCGAUAGAGGCAAUGGAAUGAGAGAUCGCGAUGGCCGCGACGGCGGAGGAAGGGACAACAGAGGCCAAGGCGGUGGAAGAGGAGGAAUGAAGGGGGGGAGUAAGGUCGUGGUUGAGCCGCAUAGACAUGAAGGAGUGUUCAUUGCUAAGGGUAAAGAAGAUGCGCUUUGCACCAAGAAUAUGGUCCCUGGUGAAGCCGUCUACAGCGAGAAGAGGAUCUCUAUUCAGAAUGAAGAUGGGACAAAAGCUGAAUACAGGGUAUGGAAUCCUUUCCGUUGA